UCUAAUUCACACUCAUACACACAUGUGCCCAAGGAACACCAGUCACUGGCCACUCUAUCUCUUUCUGACUGCUUAUAAUUUUCUCAUUCCCUCUUUGUCAGUCUUUUCUGAGCCUAACACCUUCUGUUCAUCUUGUGGAUUUUACGUCUCUUCUUUCCCUGCAGUUUUCUUAAUAGGGAGGAUAAAAACCAGCAUCUCAUCCCUCUCUCCAGCCAUCCAACUUCCCUGACUGAGAGAACUCAAGCAGGAGAAGAGAAGGUGGAAGAUGGUGAAAGCGAGGCCCAGUCGGACACUACGAUGGCCAGAUUGGCGACUGACAGUUUGCCUGCUGCUCUUCUGUAUGUUUGGGAUCGCAGUGGGCCGCAGAGCUCCCAAAACCCCACGGUGUCCAGCCACAUGCUCCUGCACCAAAGACAGUGCCUUCUGCGUGGACACCAAAACCAUCCCUAAGAGCUUCCCACCAGGAAUCAUCUCCCUGACUAUGGUGAACGCUGCCUUCACAGAGAUCCCUGAGGGAGCCUUUUCCCAUAUGCACCUAUUGCAGUUCCUGCUGUUGAACUCAAACACAUUCUCUCUGAUAUCUGAUAAUGCAUUUGCUGGUCUUGGACACCUGCAGUACCUAUUUAUUGAGAACAAUGACAUCCAAACCUUGUCCAAACAUACGUUCAGAGGACUAAAAUCCCUGACUCAUCUAUCUCUUUCCAACAACAAUCUACAGGUUCUUCCCAGAGAUCUCUUCAAACACCUAGACAUCCUCACAGACCUAGAUCUACGAGGGAACUCGUUCCGUUGUGACUGUAAGAUCAAAUGGUUGGUUGACUGGAUGGAGAAGAUCAACACCUCAGUUCCAGCCAUAUACUGCGCCAGUCCUUUUGAGUUCCAGGGCCGACGCAUCCAUGACCUCACCCCGCGUGACUUCAACUGCAUCAGUGCAGAUUUUGCAGUAUAUGAGACAUACUCCUUCCAGUCUCUGUCUGUGGAGUCAUACGAGUAUAACGAUGACCAGUAUGUGGUUUUUGCUCAGCCCAACACUGGAGUCUGCACCGUGUUUAUUUGGGAUCAUGUGAACAUGCUUUUCAAGACACAUUACAACAUCACAUCUCGUUCUGCUGUCUAUUGUAAAUCUGUGGUUAUCAACAACGAUCUUUACAUGGUUGUGGCCCAACUCUUUGGAGGAUCCCAUAUCUACAAAUGGGAGGAGGGCCCAUUGCGAUUCGUCAAAAUCCAGGACAUUGACUCCACCCGUGUCCGCAAACCCAACUUCAUUGAGACUUUCCAGAUCGAAGGAGACUGGUAUUUCGCUGUAGUCGACAGCUCCAAAGCUGGUUCAACCAGCUUGUAUCGCUGGAACAAUAACGGCUUCUACUCACACCAGUCUCUCCAUCCCUGGCACCGGGACACUCAUAUUGACUUCUUAGAGGUAGAUGGCAAACCUCGCCUCAUACUCUCUAGCUCCUCGCAGCCCCCGGUUGUGUAUCAGUGGAACCGCAGCCAACUGCAAUUUGUCUACCAUUCCCAGAUCACUGAUUCAGGUGACGUGCAGAUGGUGAAGCACUUCUGGGUAAAAAAAGUGCUAUAUCUCUGCCUCACACGCUUUAUAGGAGACUCAAAGAUCCUGCGCUGGGACAACCAACGGUUUGUAGAGAUUCAAACCCUACCGUCACGUGGGUCUAUGGCUGUGUAUCCAUUCAGCGUUGGAGUGAGGCAGUACAUUCUGCUGGGGAGCGAUUAUUCGUUCUCUCGGAUUUAUCUGUGGGACGACCUCACACAGAGGUUCCAGCCUUUCCAGGAACUGAACGUGCUAGCACCUCGAGGCUUUAGCCUAGUCUCUGUCGACAACAAGGAUAUUCUAUUAGCGGCAAGUUUUAAAGGAAAAACUAUGGCAUACCAGCAUCUAGUUGUGGACCUCAGUGCAAAGUAGGCUGCUGGAGAUGUUGAACUGGGGUCUAACGGGCCAUUCAGACCGAACACGUUCUUGUGUUACAAAAGCUAGACACAGCGGCACGCAUAAAAUAAAACACAGGAGUCUUAAGACACGCUUUACUUGACUGGGCGCUCCUGCGUGAUACUCUUAAAAAAAACAGCUGGAUUCGGCAGACUGGUCAAUGACAUCCGUCUAAUGCAUAUUUAUAUAUAAAAAAGACAGUGGAAAAGGUUCAGAUGGACACAAAAACGCCUCCGGUGUGAACGGCCCUUAAUGGAAUAUUGCGGGUUCAAAACAAGUUAAGCUCAAUUGACAGCAUUUCAGGCAUAAUUUUGAUUACCACAAAAAAAUGUAAUAAAAAAAUAAAUACAAAUAAAAAUCGACUCAUCCCUCUUUAAAAAAAAAAAAAAAACACAAAUCUGGCUUACAGUGAUGCACUUACAAUGGAAGUGAAUGGGGCCAAUCUGUAAAUGUUAAAAUGCUCAGUUUCAAAAAUAUAGCCACAAGAAGUAAACAAUAUGCGUGUUAAUAUAAUUUUAGUGUGAUAAAAUUGCUUACUAACCUUUUCUGUGUAAAGUGGUAUCAAAUUAUGACAUAAUGCUGUAAACCCUAAAAAAAAAUGUAAAAAUUAAUUUACUUAAAUUAUACACAAGUUUUAAAAGAAGAAUUCAUCUAUGUGAAUUUAUACAAUUAUAAGCUUCACAUUUUUGCCUUUAAAUCCUCCAAAAAUUGGCCUCAUUCACUUCCAUUGUAAGUGCCUUACUGUAACCUUGAUUUUUGCUUUUCUUUUAAAGAAAAGGAGGGAUGAGUUGAAAUAUUUUUUUAUUUUUUAUUUUUAUUUUUUUUGUGGUAAUCAGCAUUAUGCCACAAAUGCUGUCGAUUGAGCUCAACAUGCAUGAACCCAGAAUUUUCUUUUUAGGCUGUAAAUGUAUAAAUGCCAAGGAUUGCAAAGGUCCUACAUUUCUGCUUGCACACAUUAAUUAAUUCUGUCAUCACUAAUUAUCCUCACUGACACAUUAGUUCACAUUAGAGCCAUUACUUACUGUAACAGUGACCAAAUCCAUCAUUCACACAUUGGACCUCCAAAGGUAAACAUUUGCCAUGUGUAUUGCAAUGUCUCACUCCAAUAGGUUGUACAUUGUUUAGCUGUUUAAUAUAAAAAAGUGAAAUUCUAUUUUUUGACAGAUGUUACACCAUGAUUCAUGUAUAAGCAUAAAGUGAAUACAUCAGCUAAUACUUGUAGAAUAGUAUGUGUUUUCAAUAAAAACAGCAUGUACAUUUGCUUUUACCAGUUGAGCCAGACUGUUAAAGAAAUAAGGCUUUAGCUUUAAGGCUUUAUCUAUGCACAGAUUAUUCUCUGAAAACGCUGGAUCAUUGUAGUUGGAAAACAAUAUUUUGAAUUACAAAUUGGUAGCUAUUUGUAAACACUCUGCUGUCAUCAGCAUGUACUGCAAUAAACAACUAUGGUAACCAUGGAAAUAAAGUUGAAA